AUGCCGCGUGUGAGUGGUGCAUCCAUCGAAAUCUCGAUUGUACCUUCGACAGGGAGCGGCCUCGCAAGAAGUCGCGUAAAGGGUGAGCGUGCCCCCUUAGGUUCCAAUAAGUCGAUUAUCUUUUGGAACAGCCUUUUCAUCAGUUUCGAAUUUAGGAUACUCUCAAAUGUUGCACAGGCGAAUGAUGUACGAAGCCUCCUUCGGCGCAUUCAGGAACUUGAAUCUUCUUUGAAUCAAACGGAGCCGGCCGGAGGUGCGGGAUCUCAUGUGCUUCCGAUUCAUGAAUCAACUAGACCAACAACGUCUAGUGAAGCUGGAAACAUCGCAAAUGAUGUAGCUUCAGCUGAUCUUUUGGCAAAUGAGUCUGUUUUGCCCCCUUUCGUGCCGGUGCCUGUCAGGCCCAGAGAUCCGUCGCCCGUAACACACUCCGCUCGGCUUACGACAUCCGCAAAACAACUCGGGCCAAACUGGUUUUUCAACGGGAUUUCUAUCUCCUCAGAGGAAGGAGUUCAAUGGAUCUCAAGGCGAACGGGUCAAAAUGUCACUCUCGAUGAUUUCAGCAUCCCCAGUAGGAACCCUUUGCCUUAUUCGAUAGAUCAGGGAUCUCUCUUACAACGCUGGGAAUUACCUGAUCAAAGUCUUACUCGGGGAAUUCUGAAUGAUCUUCUUGGCUCUUCCUUUCUACAAUCAUUUCCAGUUCUGGACAAAACCUUAUCUUCGAAUACCAUGGAAGCCGCUUAUGAACCUUUGAGUGAGCUCCAACCAUCGCCUACGCAAGUUUCUGCACAGAUCUGGGUUUGGAGCUUUCUCUCCAUCGCAUCUAGCAUCAAAUGCUCGGAUCAUAUUUCCAUUGAUGCAUAUGCAUGUUCUGCCAAAGCGUAUUCUCUAUUGCUCAGUGUUCUUGAAGAUACCAGCUUGACAACUCUCGAGGCAGUUUUGAUGCUGCAAUUACAACGUAUAAUCAGCGGUCACUGGGAAGGCGCUGCUUUCCUCAAUUCCAUUUCUUGUCGCAUAGUUUGUUCUCUUAAGGGACAUCUCUAUCCAGCAUCCCGCUCUUUUGGAUUUCAGAUAUCUAUCUUGAACAGGGAAAGAAAACAUCUCCGGAAUCUCUUUUGGCUAUGCUACAAGGCUGACAAAGAUAUCUCCCUUCGUACUGGGGAUAACUUUUUAUUAAAUGAUGCCUUUUGUGAUCUCUCAUUACCUGAAAACCAUAAUGGGUACUACAUCUAUUUAUCAAAGCUGAACCAGACUUCCGAUAUUAACCAUGAUGGCGCUUUGGAUAACACUUCUCUCUAUAUUCCUGGAGACCCUGAGCUCAGUCGUCUGAAAGAACAAGUCUGUCAGAAGCUUUUUUCCGCCCAUGCUUACAAGGACACCGACAACGACAUCCUUCUUCAUAUCCGCCAAUUGGAUGAAGAGAUUGAACACUGGCGAUUAUGCAUCCCUCCAAGCGUUCGCCCUGCGCUCUUCGUCUCACAAAUUCCUUCGCCGAGCAGAUCAGAUGAGAGUUUCGCCCACCUUAUCCAACGUAUGUAUCUUCAACUAGAAUAUCACCAUCUUAUGACUGUCAUCCACACGACAGUGAGAAGGUGUACUACUGAGUCAAAUGAUGGAGCUCUUGAUCUUCAUGGGGUGGUUCAUUCGAGCUUUGACCUGUCUCUGGAAGCCAGUCGGUCCACACUCGCAUGUCUGAGGAUUGUGAUCGAUAAUGUUGGGCAAGAAGCAUACAGGUUUAUCACAUGCUAUGCGAGCACUGCAGUUUUGACAUUAUUCCUUGACACGGUGAUUCAUCCUCUGGGUGCAGAGGCACGCCUUGGUUUGGAACUUCUUAUUUCAACUGCCAAUAGCUUCCGGGAAAUGUUUGACAAAGAGCUGACUUCCAGCGAGGGGGCCAAUAUCCAAGAAAUUAGCAAUUUUAUGAUGAGAUUGGUAUGGCUUGGAACGUCCGCAGUGAUGAAGGCAGAGAAGGCAAAGAAAUCAUAA